AUGAAGGGGAAUAAAGGUGCGAACAUCGCCUAUCCCGACAAGUACCACAAAGUAACGGAAUUUUUUGAUCGUGAAUAUGGUGACCUAGAGACGUGCACGAAGCUCAACGACUGUCAAAAGCUACUUUUUUACGCACUCAGACAGCAGGUGGAGCACGGCCCGUGCACCAGUGGCGCUCCUUUUAUAUGGCAGGUUCGGGAGCGUGCCAAACACGAUGCUUGGAAACAACUAGGCGCCAUGACGAAGUUUGAGGCGAUGGUUCAUUUUGUUACGCAUCUUGAAGAGUGCAUUGGCGGGAAUGUGGACUGGGGAGAAAAGUUGAGAGACCUCAACGGCAUGCGAGACCAGCAGCGCGUCGGGGUGGAAAAUGGGACUGGUGAGUCAAAUGCUAACGAACAAACGGAGCGGGGAGUGAGCGAGGCGCAUUGGGACGCUGAUGUGCAGGCCCACUUGCAGCCUAGCGCGGAGAAUAUAGAAUAUUUGGCGCGGGAAGUAAUGCGGCUGCGCGGCGAGCUCCAACAGGUGCGACCUAACCGGGUGGUGCCCACACCCAUCGUCGUUCCGCCACGGAAACCCAUUGAUUACGUCAGCACAAAAAAUAUUGUUCCCCCAGCCCGUACACUUGCUACGGUGGCCACGCGGACGGCGUUGUUGAAUGCGCAAACAACCAACAAUCUUGUGGAGAGGCAACCACAAGGUUGGGGUGAGUGGUUUGGGCUCAUCUAA